CAUCACGCCUCGAUUGAUGUGAGAGGUAAUAAAUACCUUCGAUAACUCCAAACAGGAGAACUCCCAUUAUAUAUUAAAGCACCCCACCCCAAUAUAUUUAUUCUCAUUCUACAGAUUCUAAGUUCUAACCACAUUUUCAUACUCCCCAAAGAUUCCAACUCCAUAGUCCAUUUUCUUGGAGAGAAAAAAAAAUGAAUCAAAAUUGGGGGGAGGACAAGGCGGAGAAAGUUUACGAUCCGGAAGAUCGGAAUCAUAACCACGACAACGGGAAGCUCAAGGAUGUGGGAGAGUUGUCGGUGGAGAGGCUAUUUGAGGACCAAGAGGUGCCGUCGUGGAGGAAGCAGCUGACGGUGAGAGCCUUCGUGGUGAGCUUUGUGCUGAGCAUACUGUUCUGCUUCAUAGUGAUGAAGCUCAACCUCACGACCGGUAUCAUUCCUUCCCUCAACGUCUCCGCUGGUCUCUUAGGGUUCUUCUUCGUCAAUACUUGGACCAAGUUGCUUGGGAAGUCCGGCUUGUUGAAGCAGCCCUUCACCAGGCAGGAAAACACUGUCAUCCAGACCUGCGUUGUCGCCUCCUCCGGCAUCGCCUUCAGUGGAGGUUUUGGAAGUUAUCUCUUUGGAAUGAGUGAAGACAUUGCCAAACAAUCAUCAAAUACUCAUGAUUUCAAAAACCCGUCAUUGGUAUGGAUGAUCGGCUUUCUCUUUGUUGUCAGCUUUCUUGGACUCUUCUCGGUGGUGCCCCUCCGAAAGAUUAUGGUCAUAGACUUCAAACUAACAUAUCCAAGUGGUACUGCAACUGCCCUUCUUAUCAACAGCUUCCACACUCCUAAAGGAGCCAAACUAGCAAAGAAACAGGGGAGAGAGUUGGGCAAGUUUUUCACCUUCAGCUUUUUAUGGGGUUUCUUCCAAUGGUUCUAUACUGCUGGAGACGAUUGUGGAUUUGCAAGCUUCCCUUCAUUAGGGCUCAAAGCAUAUAAAUACAAAUUUUAUUUUGAUUUCUCAGCAACAUAUGUUGGAGUCGGAAUGAUUUGUCCCUAUAUCAUAAAUAUAUCAGUCCUGCUUGGAGGGAUUCUUUCUUGGGGUCUGAUGUGGCCUCUCAUAGAAAAACGAAAGGGUGACUGGUAUUCUGCAAAGCUGUCAGAUUCCAAUCUACAUGGUAUUCAAGGAUAUAGGGUAUUUACAGCCAUAGCCAUGAUCCUAGGCGAUGGUCUAUACAACUUCCUCAAGGUUCUAGGUCGAACCAUCAUAGGUUUGUCUUAUCAGUUUAAGCACAAAGAUGUGAGCUCUGAUCACCCCACUGCAGACCAUUCCUCUCAAGUGAACUCUGAGGUGUCAUAUGACGACAGUCGCCGGACCCAACUCUUUCUCAAAGAUCAAAUUCCAGCAUGGUUUGCCAUUGGAGGCUAUGUUGCUAUUGCUGCCAUAUCUAUAGCCAUUCUUCCACAUAUCUUUCACCAGCUCAAAUGGUAUUACAUAUUGGUGAUCUACAUAUUUGCCCCCACAUUAGCUUUCUGCAAUGCAUAUGGUUGUGGGCUCACUGAUUGGUCCCUGGCAUCCACGUAUGGAAAGCUUGCCAUCUUUACAAUUGGAGCGUGGGCCGGUGCCUCUCAUGGUGGAGUUCUUGCAGGCCUAGCAGCUUGUGGGGUUAUGAUGAACAUUGUCUCAACAGCCUCUGAUCUCAUGCAGGAUUUCAAGACUGGCUACUUAACUCUAGCUUCACCCCGGUCCAUGUUUGUGAGCCAAGUAAUUGGCACAGCAAUGGGUUGUGUGAUUUCCCCUUGUGUCUUUUGGCUCUUUUACAAGGCCUUUGAACUUGGGGUGCCUGGAAGCCAAUAUCCUGCCCCUUAUGCUGUUGUGUACCGGAACAUGGCUUUGUUGGGGGUAGAUGGCUUCUCAAGUCUCCCACAUAAUUGCCUUAAGCUUUGUUAUGGGGUUUUUGCUGCGGCCAUUCUGAUAAAUUUGAUUAGAGAUUUAGUGGAUAAGAGAUGGGCGAGGUUCAUUCCAUUUCCAAUGGCAAUGGCAAUACCUUUCUAUUUAGGAUCGUAUUUCGCCAUUGAUAUGUGUCUUGGGAGCUUGAUAUUGUUCGUGUGGGAGAAGAUAAACAAGGCCAAGGCAAAUGCUUUUGGGCCUGCAGUGGCUUCUGGUUUGAUAUGUGGGGAUGGGAUAUGGACUUUGCCUGCUUCUAUUCUUGCUCUGGCUGGGGUUAAGCCACCAAUCUGCAUGAAGUUUUUGUCACGAGGGAGAAAUGCUAAGGUUGAUAAAUUUUUAGGUAAUUAAUAAGGUAAGUUUUAGCAUGUGAUAUAUGGAUGUGAAGUCUUAAAAGGCAUGUUAGUCCAUCCGAGGACUUAUAAGUGUCCCUUGUUUCUCUUUUUCCCUUAUCUUUUGAGCCGUGCACAAGGUUAGGUUUGGCAAAAGCAGCCACAAAUGUGAUCAAGAAAAGUUUGUGUAGUUUCUGUAUAAACUUUGAUAGGACAAAUAUGUGACAAUUAAUUUGGUUGAAUGAUUUUUAUAAAAUGCAAUAAAAGAUGUAAGGAAAACGAUAUUGACAAGCU